CGCCUCCGCCUCCUCUAUUAAUCUCCCUCCGGAUCCGAUCGAAUCGCAUCCCCCCUUCCUUCACGGCCAGACCUCUCCUCUCUCUCGAUCUCCAAUCUCCAACCUCCAACCAAGCAGCAGCAGCGGCAGAUCCCAUCCAUGGCGGGGGGCAAGUCCACCGGCAACGCCGCGCGCACCAGGAAGCGCGUCGAGGCCACCGUCCUCAAGCGCUCCAGGGACGGCAGCGCAUUCACCAGAUGCGAGGCCUGCAACAAGGACGUCCCCAUCGUCCUCAUCGACAUGCACAGCUGCAGCCUCGACGCCAAGAUCAGGAUGACGCUUGAGGCGCAGGUGGUCGAGAAGACCGUCGAGGUCACCAAGCCUGAGCGCAAGAAGCCCUCCAAGACCGCCGCCGCCGCCAGCAAGGACCCCAAGCGCAAGCGCACGCCCACCGCCUUCUUCCUCUUCAUGGACGACUUCAGGAAGGAGUUCAAGGCCGCCAAUCCUGACAACAAGAAUGUCGCCACCGUUGCCAAGGAAGGAGGGGAGAAGUGGAAGUCCAUGACCGACCAAGAGAAGAAGCCCUACAUUGACAAGGCUGCCGAGCUCAAGGCUCUUGCUGAGAAUGGCGAGGGCAGUGGUGAGAACAAUGUCGCUGCUGCUGCCGAGAAAGCCAAGGCAGAUGACACGGAGGGGGGCCAGGAGGUGGAUCAGCCGGUGAAGAGGCGCCGCCGCAAGGUCGAUGAUGAUGAGGAUGGCGAGGCGGGUGGGCAGGGAGAUGAGGCUGAGAAGAACGAGCUGGAUGAUGACAUGUAGAUGGAAGAGCGACCUGCUCUUUUCUGUAAAUGGCAGGCAGAUGUGCUAGAUCGUGGCUUGUUUGAUUCGAGAGGGACGGGAGCUGGAUUGUAGUCGUAGCAUGCCACCACCGCUAUUCACUAGUGAUGAGGAUGGCAUUUUCGUUUGGGUAGCUUGCAGUCAGUGCUGGCUAAUGUUGGCACAUGAAUGAAUUAUGAUGUGCUCUAUCUAGUUCCCAUCCCAUCCCAUCCCAUUCACGGCUUGGCUGAGAUUGUAUCCCUCCCUGAGCAGUGGUUGUGGUAGAUUGCAGGUGAUGGUGCAUGCUGCUUUGGUUAUGGAUACUGAUAAAUUCAAAAUAUUCGGCACCACUCUUCCAUGUAGUUA